AUGUUUGCCGGGCGUUAUAACAAGGUUGCUGCAAUAGCUAUAGCAGCAGUACAUUUAAAUGUCAUAAUUGCAUACUUCAAAAUAUUCGGUACUUACUUCCUAAUUUGUGUUGACGCAAAAUUACAUCGGCGGAGCUCAAAAACAAAACAAAGACACUUCUCAGGGGCACGGCUGCUUAUUGACGCGAAUGGAUGUGACAGGGGAACAGAACGGAGGCGAGGACAUCGUUUACGCGUUGCUCGCAUCUACUCUUUCGUGAAUAACAUUGCCCUCCCUUCCCCUACUAAGGACUAUCCAUUCAACGUGUACAUGACAGAUUCUUUGGGACUUGAUAACGGUAUCUUCUCUAUUACCGCGUCACUCUUGCAGUCCAAAUAUAACGAAGAUAUUAUAAAUGAACGCUUAGAUUUGGCCAACACUUGCACAGGUCGCAUGGGGACGAGGGAAUGCACUCAGGUCGCAUCUGGCUUCCUUAUCCUGCCUCCCGUCAUCACAGGCAAACUAACAACCAAGAAUAAGUUCAACUUCAGGUUCGGCAGAAUUGAAAUCAGAGCCAAACUAACCGAAGGAAAUUGGUUGAUACCAGAGAUAACGUUGGAACCUCGUGACAGCGUGUACGGCGACCAACGCUACGAGUCAGGUCUGAUCAGAGUCGCCUUCGCCAAAGGGAAUACGCUCUUUGCUAAGAAGUUGUACGGUGGACCGGUGCUGUCCGAUUCGGAACCGUACCGAACCAUCCACAUGAAGGAGAAGACUGGAAUCUACAACUGGUACAAGGACUUCCAUAACUACAGCAUGGUGUGGAAACCAGGUCAGUAAAGUAUCAGUAGAUUGCUUUAUUUAGUGGGA